AUGGAUCCUGCUGAGAAGCCUCCAAACUCGCUCCCGAGCUAUCAUGAAUACCACACAGAGCCCACGAUGAUGAGUACAGACUAUCCGCCCACAGAACGAACAAUGGUGGAAGCAAUGGUGGAGGAGCCAACUUUUGACACAGAGCAGCGUGCUCGUAAGGGAUUCAGUGUCUGGCGAGUGCUGGGCGAGCGACAGAUCAACAUGAUCGCAUUCUCAGGAACAAUAGGGAAUGGUCUCUUUCUUGGGAGUGGAAGAUCUUUAGCCGGUGCUGGUCCCGGCGGUGCUGUGCUUUGCUACAUCCUUAUGGCCACUGUUAUAUCAUCAGUCAUUUCAUGUCUAGGUGAGAUGACAGCUCUCAUGCCUGUCAAUGCACCGGUCAUGGAGUUUCCCCGUCGUUUCGUUGAUCGAGGAGUUGGGUUUGCCGUUGGCUGGAUAUACUGGUUUGCAUACGCUGUGCUUGCGGCAGAUCAACUUGUUGCAGUGACAAAUUCCGUAAAAUUCAGAUAUGAUGACGGGAAAACUCUCCUAGAAUGGGAAACCGGCAUAAAGGUGCACCCUGCCGUGUGGAUAUCGCUAUUCUUAUUCCUCGUUACGAUGAUAAAUAUGCUUCCUGUGAAGUAUUAUGGUGAGCUGGAAUAUUUAUUCGGCAGUAUAAAACUCAUCUUCAUUACAAUGAUCAUCGUGCUGAUGGUUGUGCUGGAUACCAUGCAGCCUCGAUCAAACGCAUACUACAAAGACCCUGUUGGGACGAAAUACUGGGACCAGCCGUUUUCAUUUAUCUGCCGAGAUUACAAGGUGCGAGGAGAUGACAACACUGUCCAGAUGGAAAUUAAAGGAACCAUGGGCUCGUUCCUAGGGAUGUGGACUACCAGCAUUAAUGUGAUAUUCUCAUACGUGGGAAUGGAUAUCGUUGCUGCUACGGCCGCAGAAAGCAAGUCUCUCGCAGACUCAGAAAGCAUGAAGAUGGCAGCCCGAAAGAUCAACCUCCGUGUCAUUACGCUCUAUACCCUCGCCAUGCUCACAGCCUCCUUCCUGGUUCCACGAAACCAUCCUUUUUUGAACGGAAAGGCAGAGUCGGUCGGCAGUUCAUCGCUCUUCCUCAUUGCCGUCGUCGAGGCCGGUCUCCCAGCUCUUGCCCACUUUUUCAACGCCAUGUAUGUGUUCUCGGCAUUUACUUGCGCCAUAAACUCGAUGUAUGUGGCAUCGAGAGUCCUACAUACGUUGGCCCUACGAGAGCAAACUGGCCCAAGAUGGCUUACCCGAAGGCUACAAGAAUGCCAUUUGGGUGUACCCCUAAGAACCGUUUUCGCAACAGCCGGUUUGAUGAUGAUUGCAUAUAUGGGACCUACUGGAGGUCCUGGCCAGAGACUCGGAGAGCUUGCAACUAAUUGCACUGUGUCAUGUCUGAUUGUGUAUACUGCAAUCUGCGGGACGUAUCUAUGCUUUUAUAGAACGCUCGAUGAAGCAAAAACUCUUGGGAAUACUUCUCAGGCGCAGUCCGGCUGCUACGAGCGAGACCAUCCGCGCUACCCAUACAAAUCACACGGCCAAUGGCUCAAAGGUGCAUAUGGGUUGUUUUCAUGCAUUAUCCUUAUCAUCUUCAACGGUGUAGGAGCCUUCUUAGAGACUCCUUUCAACAUCAGGCAAUUUCUUGCCGCAUACAUCGGAGUACCCGUGUUCUUCCUUUUGAUAAUCGGUUACAAGGUCAAGAAGCACGGGUUCCACAUCUCAAGAUGGGGCCCCGAGCGUUCGAAUGAUCUCCAAAAUACUGUCCAGGUAACAAGCAAAACGCGAAAGGGGCGAUUGGAAUUCCCAGAUGAUGGCUUUACUGCUGAGAACGGUAAAACAUUCUUGAGAUGGAUAUGGACUUGGAUGAAAUAA